CAUGGGUCUGUGUCUAUAUAAGAUUCUUUCGCGCUUCAUCAUCUUCACAAACAACGCAUAGAAUUCAUCUUCUAUUCAUUCGUUCUCGAUUGCUUCUCCAGCUUCUUCCACACCCAUCACCAUGGCUCAGACUGUUGCCCUCAAAGUUGGCAUGUCAUGUCAAGGAUGUGCUGGUGCAGUGAGAAGAGUUUUAGACAAAAUGGAAGGUGUAGAAUCUUAUGACAUUGAUAUGAAGGAACAGAAAGUGACAGUGAAAGGAAAUGUGCAGCCAGAGGCAGUUCUGCAGACUGUAUCCAAAACCGGGAAGAAGACUGCCUUCUGGGAAGCCGAAGCACCGGUGCAGCCAGAAACCAAGCCAGCUGAAACUGCAGCACCGGCUGAGCCUGAAGCCAAGCCUGCUGCUGAAACUGCAGCACCAGCUGAGCCUGAAGCCAAGCCUGCUGCUGAAAAUGAAGCGCCAGCUGAGCCUGAAAACAAGCCUUCUAAAACUGCAGUAUCAUCUGAGAAUGAGAAUAAUAAGUCUUCUGAGACUGUUGUUGUUGCCUAAGAGAAAAACCAGUUGGUUUGGUUGGUUCAAUUCCCAUGUGGGAAGUAGUUGGCCGUUGAAUCAAAUCAAUACUUGUCGGAACUUAACAAUUAUUAAUAACUGUAUAUCAUGCCAUUUGAAGAGUUUUUAAUUAUAUAGUGUGUGUGCCUAUACUUUAAUCUUAAGUUGUAAUAACUUCUUGAUUUCUGUAAUAUUGCUGUGGGGCAGCAGCAUCAUAGUUUGUGUUUUUUAGACUCAAGAUUCAA